UGCGGACCGGCCGACGACGUGCCCGAGCUGGACUUCGUGUACGCCGACGCCGACAGCGCGGCCCGCGAGAUCGCCGAGCUCUACAGCUUCACUGAGCUGCCGGAGUUCGGGCUCAACCACCAGUACCUCACCGACACGGUGCUGGAGCUGGGGCUGGACGUGCGGUGGGCCGAUAUGUCGGACGCGCAGCGCACCUCCGUCGUCAUGAAGCUGGUCGACAAGGUGGAGCUGGCCAGACGGGAUGACCGGCUUAAAGCCUGUCGCGCCAUCCUGUACGUCAGCCAGGGCUGCUGGGCCGACCUGGCCACCGAACCAGAGGUGCGCGCCUGGUCCCGGCGCAACGUCUUUCUGCUCUACAAGUGCGGCGUGCUGCCUACGCUCGUCGACAUCCUCCAGCUGGAGAUCGAGAGCGGCACGGCCCCGGUGACGGCGCUGCGCAAGCUGGCCGUCUCGCUGGCCGACUCCAGCGACCUGCGGGUGAUCCUGAGCGUGCUGUACCUGAUGGUGGAGCAGAUGCGCACCGACGGGGGCGACGACACGCCGGAGGAGGCGCGCCUGCGCCAGGCCUUCGCUCAGGAGCUGGGUCAGCCGCAGGACAACGGCGAGCUGCUGGCCGUCACCCUGCUGGGCAUGGUGUCUCGCUUUUGCAGCGGCGCCGCGCCUCACUUCCCCAUGAAGAAGGUGCUGCUCGUCACUUGGAAGGUGCUGCUGCUGACCCUGGGCGGCUCGGCCGAGCUGCGCCGGCUGCGGACGACGGCGCGCGCCGCCGCCGGCCUGCCGGACGUUCCCGAGGACACGGUCGAGCGGACCCGCACCAUGCGCGCCUCCAGCCCGGUCAUGGCGCCCGCAGACCUGUUCGACCCCAACCCGCAUCGGCCCAGGUUUACCAGGUCGAAGGUGUCCAACGUGGACCUGCAAGACGAGCUGGCGUGCAAGAUGGCCGCGCUGGACGGCGCGGAGCCGGCGCCGGACGACGAGGCCGCACCGGGGGCCGAGCUGGACCGGAGCCCGCCGCGCUGCGACUCACCCCGGCCCGCCACGCCCGUCCACCACGGCAGAGCGCUGCCCUGGAAGCCGAAGGUGCAUCAGCGGGACAUCGAGGAGUACCUGACCGUGAGCCGGGAGAAGUUCGUCGGCUAUCCGUGUGGAGACGACCUGGAGACGAUGGCCGGCCUGCCGCAGCCCAUCCUGGAGGGCCGCAGCAUCCUCGACAAGCACCUGUACCGGUCUCUGGCCGAGGUGCAGACGGAGCGGGAGGAGGAGAUCAGCCAGAGCCCCUUCAGCCGGCCCGAGACGGACGUGCCCCAGACUCCCGCCGAGCUGCUCUUCUCGGGUAUGCUGCCGAGUUUGCCGCAGUACAUGAUCGCGCUGCUGAAGGUGCUUCUGGCGGCGGCGCCCACCUCCAAGGCCAAGUCGGACUCGAUCAACAUCCUGGCCGACACGCUGCCCGAGGAGAUGCCCAUGUCGGUGCUGCACUCGAUGAAGCUCGGCAUCGACGUCAACCGCCAGAAGGAGGUGAUCGCCAAGGCGGUGUCUGCCGUGCUGCUGCUGCUGCUGAAGCACUUCAAGCUGAAUCACAUCUACCAGUUUGAGUUCGUCAGCCAGCACCUGGUGUUCGCCAACUGUAUCCCGCUGGUGCUCAAGUUCUUCAAUCAGGAUAACAUCGUGCAGUAUGUCACCGCCAAGAACAGUAUCCUGGCGCUGGACUUCCCGCGCUGCGUGCUGGGGCCGCAGCCGGAGCUCACCUCCGAGUCGCUCCAGCUGGGCGACGAGCAACCCUUCUGCUGGCGUAAUGUCUUCACCAGCAUCAACCUCCUGCGCAUCCUCAACAAACUCUGCAAAUGGAAACACUCCCGCAUCAUGAUGCUGGUGGCGUUCAAGUCGGCGCCGAUCCUGAAGAAGGCGCUGCGAGUGAAGCACGCCAUGAUGCAGGUGUACACGCUGAAGCUGCUCAAGAUGCAGACCAAGUACCUGGGCCGGCAGUGGCGCAAGUCGAACAUGCGCACUGUCAGCGCCAUCUAUCAGAAGGUGCGACACCGGCUGGUGGACGACUGGGCCUUCGGCAACGACUCUGACUUCUCGCGCCUGUGUACCUAUUACCGCGGCGAGGUGGACGCGCGGCCCUGGGACUACGAGGCGGAGGAGGGCGCCCUGCGCACCAAGGUGGACCGCUUCAUCACGCGCCGCUACAACCCCGAGCAUACGGCGGAGCUGGAGCCGCUGGAGCCGGAGCUCGAGCUCGAGCUCGAGAUCGAGCCGACCGGCCGCGAGAUGGAGCUGACGGCCGAGUUCAAGGCCAACUACCGGCGCUGGCUGGAGACAGAGGUGUUCCAGCAGAGCAUCGACUGGGACAAGCUGAUCGAGCCCGGCUACAUGGGCUGACCUGAGCAGUGUCCGUUGGGUCGAGGCGCCGCCUGAGCCACGGCGGGGUCGUCGUCCUCGGGCGCUGUACAGUUUUGGGCGGGUCACACAGUCGCUUUUUAUGGCUGUGCCGAGCGCCGCUUGGAUGGUUGUGUGGCAUCGCUGACAGCUUUGAAUAAUUUGCAGCGCAAUGAGAAUUGGAUGGGAGAAACCAAAGAAGUCCCUUACGCCUCUUUGACGAGGAUCAGUGCAACUCUUGAGACUCCGUAAUUGCACAUUGGAACGCCCCGAGCGGCUGGCUGGAGGGUAGGGUGGUAGGUGAUAUCCAUGGUACUAGUGGUUAACAUUAUGAUGGUUACCCUUGCACUAAGUAUGCACUUGAAUGUCUGCUUAUUGAUAACCCAGAGCUUAAGCCUCCGCCAUUAAGGCGACCAAGUUACUCGGAGUAGCCGUAGAGCGAGGGGCCGCGCCUCGAACCCAGUCAUCUAGCAAUGCAGCGCCUGGGCAGGCGGUGUUUUAAUCUCGUAGUCUAAGCGAGCCGUGAUCACGUGAUCGCGGCCCUGCGGCGGCCUAUGCGCUGAGUGUUCCCUACGUGACCGCGGGGCUUCCGCCGCAACCCGUGCCUUACAUCGAGCGAUCCGGCGCCGGAGGACCCCGGAUGCGGCCCCGCCGGCGCCGGCCCACCUGUCACCUCUAGUCAGACCGCGCGCGCGGAACGCCUCGGCCGCCCCCGCCCCCCGCCCCUGCCUGCGUUUUGUAACGUUUGGAUACUUUGAAUACAGGAGUUGCGAGCGA